UUCUGAAAUUUCAAGAUAAUAUUUCAUACUUGAAUAGUUAUUCGAAUAAAGUAGGACAGAAGAUAUACAUUUGAAACACAAUUUUGUGCGAUACUUUUACUAUGGUUUUCAUCAGUUGUGGGUAAAUGGGAAAAACACAUCAUCAUAGAUUGGAUAAUCCUGCUUUUAUCAAUAAGGUUAUCGGGGAGUAUAUAUUGACUUUAGCAAACAGGCGUACUCAUCCGAACAGUGCAAGUGGCAUUUAGUUCAGCCAAGUGCUUAGCAUAAUACAUGACAAGUAUUUCGGUGCUCUUCCGUUUAACAAGGAAGUAAAAUUUUACAUUUUACAUUUAGAUAAAUCUGUAAAUCAGCACUGCAGAAGUCAUUGAAGGCAUUAAACACAUAUUGUAAAGUAUAUCGUUUUACACAGUAGCUGAAGAUUUGAGUGCACGGAGUGAAUACUAAAGCCAGCAAAAAUGUAUGGAAGUAUGGAUAAGGAAGACGAAGUGCUGAGGCACCUGCAAGUCGAAAGACCGCUCUAUGAACAAGACGCUUUGAACAAAGCUUACCACUACGAGAAGCCGAAGCAUUCGUUUGUGAGGAACACUAAAAAGUCUCUGAAAUCAAAAAGCUGUGGGUCAUGCACUACUUCGACAAUACCGGCGUUGAAUUGGCUCAGAAGUUAUGAGUGGAAAAAAGACAUCUGCUCCGAUCUGAUCUCUGGUCUGACCGUCGCCAUCAUGCACAUACCCCAGGGAAUGGCCUACGCCCUACUUGGAAACGUACCACCGGUCGUAGGCAUAUACAUGGCUUUCUUCCCAGUAUUAGUAUACUUUUUCUUAGGAACUUCGAAGCACGUUUCAAUGGGUACAUUCGCUGUUGUUUGCCUAAUGACGGGGAAGGCGGUUACCACUCACGCCACAUUUCCAGAUGUGUUGGCUCAGUCAAAUGUGACAGACCCAACAUUAUCACCGGAUGUACCAGUGGCUACUUACACUCCUAUCGAGGUGGCUACAACCGUCACCUUUAUGGUGGGAAUACUUCAGUUGGGAAUGUACUUAUUCAGGCUAGGCAUAAUCAGCACCUUACUCAGUGAGACUCUGGUGAAUGGUUUCACUACUGGUGCUGCUGUCUGGGUACUUAUAUCUCAAAUAAAAGAUCUCCUCGGCUUACAGCUGCCCAAGCAAAAGUCAAUGUUCAAAUUAAUAUUUUCUUGCAUAGAUAUUUUCAACGAACUACCAAAUGUGAAUAUAGCUGCUGCUAUAAUCUCUACAGUUGCGAUAAUAAUCAUGGUUUUUAACAAUGAAAUAAUCAAGCCAUACAUCGCAAAAAAAUGUAGCAUACCGAUACCGAUUGAAUUAGUGGCUGUUGUUACCGGCACUUUAAUAUCUAAUUACGGCAAUCUACCAGAGGUCUACAACAUUCGAACUGUCGGUGAUAUUCCCACAGGACUGCCGAUACCGAAGCCUCCCAGUUUUUCUUUACUACCUGCAAUAGCAUUCGAGAGUGUUGCGAUAACCAUGGUCUCGUAUACUAUAACGAUGUCGAUGGCAUUGAUAUUUGCACAGAAGUUAAACUACGAAGUGGAUUCGAAUCAAGAGCUCUUAGCGAUGGGGAGCAGUAAUAUCGUUGGGUCUUUUUUUUCCUGCAUGCCAGUCACUGCCUCUCUCAGUCGAUCAUUGAUACAGCAGACAACUGGUGGAAAAAGCCAACUCGCCAGUAUUGUGUCAUGUGGAAUAUUAUUGACGAUUCUUCUCUGGAUAGGACCUUUUUUUGAACCUUUACCAAGAUGCGUCCUCGCGUCGAUUAUUGUUGUAGCACUUAAGGGAAUGCUUUUACAAGCAUGUGAAUUGAAGAAAUUUUGGAAAUUAAGUAAACUGGAUGCUGCUGUUUGGAUUGUCACUUUUCUCGCGGUUGUCCUUGUAAAUAUUGACAUUGGUUUAGUUGUCGGGCUGCUUGUUUCAUUGACAAGCAUAUUCGUGCAAUCCAUCAGGCCGUACACAUGCCUCUUGGGUCACAUUCCAAACACAGAUUUGUACUUGGAUUUGAAACGAUUCAAAGGCACGACGGAGCUCUGUGGAAUAAAAAUUUUCCACUACUGUGGUGGCUUGAAUUUUGCCAAUUCUGGGCAUUUGAAGUCGGAAUUAUUCAAACUAGUAGGUGUCGUACCACGUGAAGUGGUGGAAGAGAGAAGAAAACUCACUAAAAAAGGAUUGUAUCCCGAUCCCCUCGGUAGCGAGGAUAAAGAAGCUCUCAGGUGUAUUAUAUUAGAUUUAAGCGCUAUGAGCUAUAUCGAUCCCAGUGGUAUAAAUACACUCAGAUUUCUCACUACAGAGUUUGAGAAAAUAGAGGUUCCAGUAUAUUUGGCGGGCUGCUCGGGUCCCGUUUUUGAACAGAUAGUAAAGUGUGAUCAAUUUCAGAACAAGGAGCCAAGUUUUAGAAUUUUUGUCGGUGUGCACGACGCCGUUACUUUCAUCCAGCACGAAUUGUUCAAAUGACAGAAAAAUGCGACAUUGCUAUUCAACAAAUUAUCUUUUCUGCCAUGAACGUGUGCAAAAGUUUCGAACAUUUUCUGUUUUAAAUAGAAACUAAAGAAAGAUCAAAAAAAGUCUCGUACAUUUCAAGAGUUCUCAUACAACCUUCAUCAAAAUUGGAAUUUUUCUUUCUAGUAUACUACAUAGCAAUAUUUCUUGUUAGCGCAGUGUUACGUUACAUAAAUUCGCACGCUAUUUACAAACGAGAUGAGUAUUUUGUCGAAAGACGAGUACACUGAUAGAUUGAUGCUCCACGAAAAAUCAUCAACUUGUUGUAACUAACUCAGAUUUUCCCCUGUUCGAAUCAUUGUUAUUAGGUUUUUUAUACUCGUUAAGAUUAUAUUUUUAUAAUUGAGCGUAUAUACCUGCAUGUGUAUAUUUUUAUACGUCAUUUUGUAAUUCAUUUUAGCUAGAUGUUCCACCAUUCAUACGAUAAUAUGUCGUGAUGUAAAUAUAUUUUUGUAUGGUAGAUCAGCCAACAAUAUUAGCAAAAUACUUGAUUCGUAUUCAACUAUCUAUACUUGAUUGUUACUUGGUGAAUAAUACCUAUUUUAGAAAAUUUUUAAAACGCGCUUACUAUUCAAUGAGCACAAGUACUUAGUUAUUUUUCGCUGCAAUUAAUGAUACUGAGAUGCAGCAAAGAAGCGUAGAUAUUUAUCAAUUGUUUAACGAGUUGAAAUGUGAUUACUGCAGUUACUUAAAAUAUACAAUCGAUGUAAAGUUAUGCCGAUAAUGUAAUUGUUCCUCGUUAAGUCCGUGGUGCUCAUAAAAGAAUUCAUGUACAAAAUUAUCAUUUCUAUGUUACUGUUGAAUCUGUUCCACGAAAUUAUGACAUUUAAUAGUGAAGUGAACUCAAUUACAUUCCUUGACGCCAAACAGUUAAAGGAGACACGGAGUUUUGAUUCGAAUAUUUCAAUAGAGACUUACACUGUCAAACUCAACUAUACAUGAAUUUCUGUACAAAUUUCCGACAGUAUAAAAUUAAGGGAGCUCCUAUUGAUAAGCAUUGAGAUAACAAUGUAUUCUAACUCGUCUCAAGAGUCUUUAGUUAAGGUCUACUGAUAAGUGAUACGUGAGCUUUCAUAAUCAGUUAACAUUUCGCGCUGAGCCGGUUAAUUUAAUAAUGUGUGUAUAAGAGGAGCUGGUGGAAGAAACACGACUGUAACAGGAUUAUGACUUGAUUCUUAGACGUGAAUAAUUGUAAUUAGAUUAGCUAAGUGUUUAUGAUGCGUUAUGCGCUGGAGCGAAUUAUUAUAUGGGUAUAUUCGUAAGGAAGUGGAAUGAAAGAUUAAAAUAUGUUUAUACGAUGAA